AUGAUGUUCGGCAUUGGUACGAAGAAGGCCCGGCUACACGUCAACAUGUUCACCAACCUGCUCGGGGAGGACCGAAACGGUUGGGGUCUCUCGCACAAGGGUCUCCUGUGGCACGGCGGUAUGGCCCGGAACUACACGAAGCGCUUCAAGGAGAACCAGGCGACCAAGGUUGGCAUCCUGUUCGACGGGAUUGCCGGCACGCUGACGUACUACAAGGACGACGUUUGUCUGGGUGUGGCGUUCCGUGGUCUCAACGAGAUCCGUGAACCACUGUACCCGAUCGUCUGCUCGACGGCGGCCAAGACGGAAAUGAUCCUCACCGAGACGCGGCGCGAUUUCGUGAACCUUCAGGACCGCUGCCGAGCGGUCAUCAUCAAGCACAUUAACACGCAGGAGAAGCUCGACCGGCUCGCCCUGCCGUACUGCAUCAAGAACUAUCUGGCCGAGGCGAUCACGGACAGCAGCACGCCGUUGCGACCGCUGGAGCUGCACAUGUCGGAACAGUACCUGUUGUACUGAGAGACGACCCAACAACACAACACAGCGUAGUUAAAUUGACCUAUUAACUAUUUCU